CAGGGAUGUAACUGGCCUGUCAUACCUCUGGGUUAAGGGGUGAAACGCAAAAAUAAUAGUUUUUAAGAGAAAACUGAAAACAUGAUCCAUAAUCUCGCAGUAUGAAACCCAACGAAGAUACUGAAGGACAAAGAGCUUAUGUUCAUUUAGGUCUGAUGGACGUAAAAGAGGAACGUGAAGACUCGGAUGAGGUGGAGGAGCAACGUUAUCACUCCAUCGCCGAUGAAGAACCUUUGACCCUCACGCAAAAAACAACCAAAGUCAAGAAGUCUUACAUCUGCCCUCAGUGCGGGAAGUGUUUUGCAGGUAAAUCGCGACUCGAGCGCCACAUAAGAAUCCACACCGGAGAGAAGCCUUUCGCGUGUUUUGUGUGCGCCAAGAGUUUCGCGUGUAAAGAACGACUCGACAGGCACAUAAAAAUCCACACCGGAGAGAAGCCCUUCACGUGCGAGUGGUGCGGAAAGCGCUUGGCGUGCAAAACGAGGCUCAAGAGGCACGUGAUAACCCACACUGGGAAAAAGCCUUACGCGUGCUUGCAUUGCGAAAGGAGCUUCACGACGAACACCAACCUGCAGCGGCACGUCCAAACUCCACACCGAGAGGCCGCUGCGUGCCAAGAGUGCGGGAAGAGCUUCAUACGCAAGGAAAAGCUCCGCUUUCACAUGACGAUCCACACUGGAGAGCGGCCUUACAGUUGCGAACAAUGUGGCAAGAGUUUCCGACACGUCAACGGCCUCAAAGAUCACCAGCUCUCUCACGCCGCCGAACGGUCUUUUAGCUGUGAUCAAUGCGGUAAGGAUUUCAUUACUGCGUCGGCGCUGAAGAGACACCUGAGAGUUCAUUCGGGUGAGAAGCCUUUCUUGUGCUCUCUCUGCGGAAAGAGUUUCGCGCGAGUGGACUGCUUUAAAAGGCAUCAGGAGGUCCAUAGCGGUGUGAAGGAUCACGUGUGUUAUGAAUGCGGCAAGGCUUUUAUUACCUCCGACCAGCUCAAGCAGCACCAGAGGAUUCACACGGGAGAGAAACCGUACAAGUGCUCGCUUUGUGGGAAGGGUUUCGCUCAGUCGCCGCACCUGAAAGCGCACGAGAAAAGCCACACCGCUGAGAGCCUGGUAAUAAGCGAUCAAAUUAUCUACAAUCUGCAGAGACAGAGUUUAUUGAAGGACAGAGAGAACAUGAGAGAUCCAGAACCCUGCAGAGUGAAACACACUAAAGAACAAACAGAUUUGAUGGAAGUGAAAGAGCAAGAACUGCUUGAGGAGAAAUAUAAUAUCAUGCCUGGAGAAACAUCGAGUCAUAAAUCCCCAAAAAAAGAAAGAAGCAAAAAGGUUUUCAACUGCUUUCAAUGUGCAAAGAGUUUCACGCAAAAAAUCGGCCUUGAGCGCCACAUGCUAAUUCACACCGCCGAGAAACCGUUCGCUUGUUCUCAAUGUGGGAAGAGUUUCAGGAGUAAAGGAAACCUUGUUGAUCACACAAGAGUUCAUAGAGAUAAACCGUUCACGUGCGAACAAUGCGGCAAGAGUUUCGCGUACAAAACGGGCCUGAACAGGCACGUAACGAUUCACACCGGGGAGAAACCGUUCACGUGUCCUCAAUGCGGAAGAGGUUUUGCGCUCCCGGGGGCCAUUAGGAGGCACAUCAAAAUCCACAGCGGAGAAAAGCCGCACGUAUGCGAUCUCUGCGGAAAGAGUUUCACCUAUAAAGAGAAUCUUAAGGAGCACCUGAGGAUCCACACCGGAGAGAGACCAUACUCUUGUGUCCAGUGUGGGAAGAGUUUUACACACGUCAGCAGUCUUAAAGAGCAUCUCUACACUCACUCUGCUGUCAGGCCCUUUAGCUGCGACCAGUGCUCUAAAAUGUUCCUUUCGUCGUCUGUACUGAAGAGACACUUGCAAGUCCACGCGCAGGAGAAGCCGUACUUGUGCUCUCUGUGUGGGAAGAGUUUUGCUCGACUGGACGGUUUUAAAGAGCAUCAGAAGAUACACACCGGCGCGAGGACUCACGUGUGCUUCGAGUGCGGGAACGGGUUUUUAUCGGCCACGCACUUGAAACUGCACCAGAGGAUCCACACCGGAGAAAAACCGUAUAAGUGUUCGCACUGCGACAAGAGGUUCUCUCGCUCAGGAACCCUGAAAGCUCACGAGAGGAUUCACACCGGAGAGAAACCGUAUCAUUGCACCGCGUGUGGGAAGAGCUUCAACCAAUCAAACAAUCUUCAGGUUCACCUGAGAGUUCACACCGGAGAAAAGCCCUUCAUGUGCGAUUAUUGUGGGAAAAGCGUCAAAUACGAAAGAAACUUUCAAGAACACCGGAGAACCCAUACCGGAGAGAGACCCUAUGCGUGCACUUACUGCGGAAAGAGUUUCGCUAAUAAAAAAACCUUCAAGAUCCACACCAGGAUCCACACCGGAGAGAAGCCGUUCACAUGCGAUCUGUGCGAAAAGAGGUUCACGCAAGCAAGAGCUCUCAAAUCGCAUCUGCGUUCUCACUCUGGAGAAAGACCGUUUCACUGCGAACAGUGCGGUAAAACGUUUUUUACGCCAUUGUCCCUGAGAAAGCACUUGAAAAUCCACACGCGGGAGAAGCCUCAUAACCACAUAUGCGGUGAGUGCGGGAAGUCGUUUAUAACGAACAGCGAACUGAAAGUCCACCAGAAGGUUCACAGCGGAGAGAAACCUUUCCAGUGUUCAUACUGCGACAAGAGAUUCAAUCAAACCGGACAUCUGAAAACACACGAGAGGAUCCACACCGGAGAGAAACCAUACCACUGCACUCCAUGCGGGAAGAGCUUCAGUCAGUUCGCUUCUCUCCUCAGGCACAAAAACACUAAUAUCUGUAAUAAGUUGCACGCUUUUGACAAAGCCUAAUUGUACAUGAUUUGAAAGACUGAUUGCUGCGGUGUUAGAAAGUGACAUGAAAUCAAAAGAGAUUUAUUUUCUGAACGUAUG